UUUAUGCUCUGUAGAAACUGGGACAGGCAAGGUGUAAGUUGGGUUGCAUUCGUGGCAUUUGGAGUCAGAGGCUCAAAUUAAAUGCUGAAUGAAAGUGUUUUCAAAUUAAAAUAAAUCUUUAGGCUUAAAAAACCCCUCUUUUGGGUCUCUGAGUGUAGGAAUUCCUGGGAUGCUGGAACUGUGAGGGAUUUUUGCUGUGCUCUCCUGAACCCUAAAGUACAUGGGAUUUGUUGUUGCCCAUAACCCCAGGCAGGGAAGGAGUGGCUGGAAAUGGAUGCUGUAACACAGGCAGGCUCAGGAAUGCACUGCUUGGCAAGUGGGGAGCCCUUGGAUGGGUGAGCUGGACCACUGCUCCUGCUUAAUUGAAACAAGCUGCUCACAGCUCAGGUAGCCUGGAACAGAGCCCCAGGAGCCUCCACUGCAGGAGAGCUGCAAAGGCAGACCUUGGAGCUCAGUCAGGGGGAAAUGCCAGACAGCUGGGACACCUGGGAAACGGUGGCCCUAAGGACUGGGACAGAGUUUGUUGAAUGCAGCAAGAGUGAUGGGAGUGUCAGCUGUGCUCAGCCGCAUGCGAGGGAGUUUCCAAGUGGGCUGGCAAAUAAGAAUCAGAAGUUGGAACUAACUUUGUAUUCUCUAUUCAGAACAUAUUUUAUUAAUCUGCAGGACUUUAGGCUGGUUUAAAUGACUAAGUGCUCCUGGGCUGACUUGGCCAAGAGCACAGGCAGCUCCGUGGGCUGGAAAAGCCGGAGUGCUGGAACACGGCAGUGUGCGGGCAGUGACAGCACCGAGAACUCCUGACAGACACAUCUGUAUCCAAGGUGGUGCUGGGUGAUAUACUGUGACCAUGAGGGUUUGACAAAAUAUCUGCUACCUGGGCUAGGUUUUUAGGAACAGCUUUGGGGAUUUCAAGGGGACAAAGCCUUGAAAGAGUUAUGCAGCUUGCAAGUUAGAAGGUGAUGAGUUUGGGCAUGUUUGAUUUGGAUUUUCAGAACUAUUAACAUUUCCUGUGCUUUUAUUCUGCAGUUUUCAGAACAUUUAAAUACUCUUGUGCAUUGUAAAGUAGUAAAUAAUUAUCAGCAACCAAUAGCCUGGUUUUUAAACCCAGUUUUACUUUGCUUUUUAAGGCUUUCUGAUAACAAACAGCUGUUCUUACUUACAUCGCCUGUUGGAUCACCCUGUUGGGCUUGAUGCCCUGCCUUCUAACCUGCAAUUGCAUAAAACCCUUUUUUAGCCCUUUUUGACCUCCUUUCUAGGCCAGUGUCAUGUACUUUGUACCCAGUCACAUUUAAGGACAUCAAUCACCCGUGGGUGUUGUGUGACAGUAAGGGGACACCCCCCUGGCCCAGGAUUGGAUAUACUCCCUCAUUUUUCCAUUGCAUAUUUGUUUUCAGCCUGCUCACCCUACCUCGAGUCCUUAUGAGCUGGAGUUUCUGGAGUGACUUUCUGUCCUUUGGUGAAGGUUGACUCCUCACUGCACUGUGAAAACCAUUAGGAAAAAGUCCUUGGGGUUAAAACCUGGGGCUCCACAGUUACCUGCACUUGGGGCUAGAAAUUAAUUUAAAUGUCGACUGAUCUGUCUGAAGCUGAACCCGUGCAUCAUAAGGCGCUUCCACUCUUAACGGGAGCUCAGCUGAUCCACACGGACAAGUUAAGUGAGAAGGUGGAAGACGACACAAUGCCAAUCCGUCGCUCGGUGAACGCUUCUUCCCGGGAAACUCCUCCCAAAAGCAAACCUGCCGAAGGGGAGGAGGUCAAAGCAGAUGCAGAAGUCACCUCUGAGGAAUCUGCCUCUGUUGAAGAGGAACAAGAGCCUGAAGCCCUGCCUGCUGCAUCCAAUGAAGCAGAACAGCCAAAGGAACCUGAGAAUGAAGGGAAGGAGGAAACUAAGUCCUCAGAAGAAACCAAAAAGGAUGAGAAGGAGCAGUCUAAGGAGAAGGAGAAGAAGGUGAAGAAGACCAUCCCUGCGUGGGCCACGCUCUCUGCCAGCCAGCUGGCUCGGGCACAGAAGCAGACUCAGAUGGCAGCCACCUCCCGGCCCAAAAUGGAUGCGAUUUUAACCGAGGCCAUCAAGGCCUGCUUUCAGAAGAGCGGUGCCUCGGUGGUUGCAAUACGGAAAUACAUCAUCCACAAAUACCCUUCCCUGGAGCUGGAGAGGAGGGGAUACCUCCUGAAGCAAGCACUGAAAAGGGAGCUGGAGAGGGGAAUCAUUAGGCAGGUUAAAGGAAAGGGAGCUUCUGGGAGCUUUGUGGUGGUGUCUAAUGCAGGAAAAACUGUUCCAAAAGCCAGAGACAGAAAGAAAAGCAGUUCGGCUCUGAGCACAGAGCAGCAGGUGAAGCUGGAGGAUGUCCUGCCGCUGGCCUUCACCCGCCUGUGUGAGCCCAAGGAAGCUUCUUACAGCCUGAUCAAGAAAUACGUGUCUCAGUAUUACCCCAAACUCAAAGUAGAUGUAAGACCCCAGCUGCUGAAGAAUGCCCUGCAGAGAGCUGUAGAGAAGGGCCAGUUAGAGCAGAUCACAGGGAAGGGAGCGUCUGGGACAUUCCAGCUGAAGAAAUCAGGGGAGAAGCCCCUGCUGGGUGGGACUCUGAUGGAAGAUGCCAUCCUGUCUGCUAUUGCGGCCAUGAACGAACCGAAGACCUGCUCCACCACAGCGCUGAAGAAGUAUAUCCUGGAAAAUUACCCAGGGACCAACUCCAACUUCCAGGUGCAUCUACUGAAGAGAACCCUGCAGAAAUGUGAGAAGAAUGGCUGGAUGGAGCAAAUUUCUGGGAAGGGCUUCAGUGGAACCUUUCAGCUUUGCUUCCCUUAUUAUCCCAGCCCAGAUGUGCUCUAUCCAGAGAAGCAGCAGGAUGAGGAUUCUGAGGAAUCUGAUGAGGAAGAAGAGGAAUCUGAGGAGGAGGAAGAAUCUGAAGAGGAAGAGUCUGAGGAGGAAGAGCCACCACCAAAGAAGAGGAUGCAGAAGAGACCACCCCCCAAAUCCCGGAGCAGGGCCCCUCCGAUGAAGCGAAGAGAGUCCAAACCCAAGCCAAGGAAAACCCCCGCUGCCCGCCGGGACAAAGCAAAGCCCCCUCCCAAGGUCAAAACCCCUGCUAAGAAAGCCAAACCGGCAGCCCCAGCCAUCAAGAAAGCCUCCAGUGGCAGCUCUUCCAAGAAACCAGCAGCCAGUGGGAGGAAGGAAGUGAAACCCUCUGCCAAGGGCAAAUCCACCAUGAGGAAAUCUCUCCGGGCAAAAAAGUAAAAUGUUUCCAGUGUCAGGGAAUCCCAUGGUCAAAUCCACAAUCUUGUUUUAUAAGUCAACGUGCAUUUGUAUUUUAGUUCUGAUGCUUAAACACUUCUUUAAUUUUUUAAUUUUUUUUUUUCUUGAAUGAUGGGGAAAAGCUGAAAACUAAAUCAAACCAACCCAAGCAUUCGUUAGAUCUCGAUGCUGUGCCUCGUGCCUGCCCCUCCCCUGGAACGAGUCAUCUUUACUUUCUGCAAUAAUUUUAGGACUUUUCUAGGACGUCUCUAAUCUGUACAUUUAUGGUGUUCCAUGUGGGUUUUGGGGGGGAGGGUUGGCUUUUAAAACAAUUCUUCAAAGAAGACCUUUAUAUCUUUAGACAGCAGGAACAGGAUGAUUGGGGGAAUGUGAUUCUUUAAUGAGAAGGUGCGGUGGCAGAGGAGUCCUCCCUAGAUCCCUGCAUGCCGAGGUCCUUGGCGCUUCCACGAGGGAGCCGUGUACAUACAGCACUUGCACUGAGCCCCCAGGUGCUGCUUUCCUCAGCCACAGGCCCAAGGGUGGCUGCUGAGGCAGAUCCUCGCUGCCUCCUGGGGCUCUGGUGCCAGAGGGGCUCCAAAAGGGGCAGCUCUCGGUUAGGCGGGUGAUUUGAAUUAGUGUUUCCACACCACAUUUGUUACCUUAAAACCAAAAUAUAUUAAAGUCUUCUUGAAUCCAACUUUCAAAUGUUUUUAAGAGAUGAAAAGCCUGGGUUUGUCACCUCUUGUUUACCCUUUUUUAAAGAGAAGUUGGAGAGCUAUACAAUUGCUAAUGUAGAGAUGUUAAUAAGUGAAGAACAUGCGGUUUGCUAAAAUAAAAUGAAACUAGAUUCCA